AUGAGUGAUAAGAGUCAGCCUCAGAACAAUGCCAGGAACAGAAGAUCUCUUGGGAGCGGUAUUCCUAUGAUACAGGUUAACCAGGCUCGUGAAAUGUUUCAGGCUACGGUAAGGGCGCGUCACCCCGGCAAUCCGCAGCAGCCAAGAGAAACCGAGAUACAAAGUUCUAUGAUGCGCACGACCAAUACUACUGUCGGUGGUACCACCACGAACUCAAGUUUCCAAGAUACACAGUCGGUUACAGUAGCCACUAGCAUGCCCAAACCGAGCUCCAAGCGCUCUCACGAACAUGAUCAUAAGCACACUCAUACACACCCACAUAGAUCGAAUAAUCCGAAUAAUCCAAAUUGUGGCCAUUGCGGUACAGUCAUUGUUCCAUCCCCUGUAGCCACAAUACCAGCGAAAGAUGACCCAUCUGUAAGUGUAGGUGAUUGGACUAUCACCACGACGAAGAGGCCUAUUCUUUCUAGUGAUGAGAUCGACGAUUGGACUGAGAAAUUGAAGUUCCCAAUCCCAGAAAUGAUUUUUGGUCAUUCCAGCGUUGAAUUGAAGAACACCAAGACUCAUUGGUGCAUACGAUUCAAUCCGUUCCAUGCACUUAGUCAAGUAAAACUUGGGGAUUCUGGGUUAAGAGUGUCAUAUUCCGAGAAAUGGAUCAAUUCCAAACUUAAGAAUAGUCAAGUGACAAACACAGAGGAAGGAUUACAAUUCGGAAAACAUUGGGAUUGGUCCUAUACGACUUUAUACAAUGGGACUGUGUCAGAAGAUAGUGAAUACAAGUUUGUUGUGGAUAACCAGUAUCAGCUUCCAAUAGAAAAAUUAACAAGAAGAGAUCCCAUUUUAUUCUAUGAUGAUUUCAUUCUAUUUGAAGAUGAAUUGGCAGACAACGGUAUCAGUAUGCUUUCGAUAAAACUUAGGGUAAUGGCAGAGAGACUUCUUUUAUUAUGCAGAUUCUUCCUAAGAGUCGAUGAGGUCUUGUUUAAAAUCAUUGAUACAAGAAUAUAUGUCGAAUUCAAUGAGGACCUUGUUGUACGGGAAUGGAAAUAUAUGGAGGAUGAUUACAAGACAGUAUUGAAUAAAUGUAGAUUAAAUUCAAACGAUCCUAAGAAAUCUUUGAGAGACAGCAACUGGGUUGCGUCUGUAUUACCUUUGAAGGAGCGCGUAUGUGAAGUAUUGAGGAAAAAAGAAGAUAUAGAAGAAGUUGUCGAAUAA